AUGCGCUCCUUCUUCCGGCUGCUGUUCAGCAAGCGCACUCCGUUCAAAGCUCAUACUGCUGCUACACAUCCACCUCCCUUGCGCACCAUGACCUCCUCUUCAACGGCCGCCCUCCUCUACGCAGCCACCAUUGCCGUUCCCUCGACAGCAUCGCCAAAACCUGAGGACGAGAUUACAAAGGCGAAGGCAUGGCACGUCAAGAGCGGUGGCUUUGAAAACCCUUGGCCAUCAUGGCAGAUGCACUCGUUACCAACGCUGCUCUGGGGUCUGCUUUCUAGGAGAUUCACUGGCAAGGCGAACAAACCCGAUACGACUCCUCCUACUGUUCCAGUUCAUCCCCCGACUUUUCUUCCUUCGCGCACGGCAGGCGCUUCAGGCUCUCUUAGGGCAACAUGGCUCGGACACGCCUGUUUUUAUGUUGAAUUUCCCUCUGGUCUGCGCGUCCUAUUCGACCCAGUCUUUACAGACCGCUGCUCGCCCUUUUCGUGGCUCGGUCCUAAGAGAUACACCGAGAUGCCUUGUCAAAUAAAAGAUAUCCCCGUCAUUGACGCCGUCGUCAUCUCGCAUAACCACUACGAUCAUCUGUCGCACCCUACAGUCUUGGAGAUUGCGAAACAUAACCCAGAAUGCCAUUUCUUCGUGCCCCUAGGCAACAAGAAAUGGUUCUCGGCAAGCGGGAUCGAGAAAUGCACUGAACUGGACUGGUGGGACGAAGUGGAUUUUACGCUGACACCCUCAUCCCCGACAUCUGUAGAGACGAAACGCGCCAGCGUAUCCUCCACCGACGAACCCAAUCCAACCUCCUCCCCAGACUCAAUAACAGCUCGCAUCUCCUGCCUCCCAUGUCAACAUAUUUCCGCACGCUCCAUCCACGACCGCGCUGCCACCCUUUGGGCAUCGUGGUCAGUCUCAUCAGGCUCCAAAUCAGUUUAUUUCGGCGGGGAUACUGGCUAUCGCACCGUCCCGAAGUCCUCCGAUGGGAAAGAUGACUGGUCGGAAGAGUAUUCAAAGCUGCCUCAUUGCCCGGCAUUCGCGGACAUAGGUCGUCUACGAGGGCCAUUUGAUCUCGGUCUCAUUCCCAUUGGGGCAUACAUGCCACGGUGGAUCAUGAGUCCCAUGCAUGCGAAUCCCCGUGAUGCGGUGGAGAUAUUUCGGGACACAAAGUGCAAGAGGGCGCUGGGCAUUCACUGGGGUACGUGGGUGCUGACCGAGGAGGACGUCUUGGAGCCGCCCAGGCUGUUGAAGGAGGCUUUGAAGCACCAUAAAAUGGAAGAAACGGGACUGUUUGAUGUAUGCGACAUUGGCGACAGCAGAGAAUUUUGA